AUUGUAUGGCAAUUAGGUUUUUGGCGAGCGAAAUCUCCGACUUGUGCCUUGGAAAGCCGCCGUUGAGGUCGUUACCAACCGUCGCCACCGUCGCGGACGCGGUGUUUGCACUGAAAAAGUCAGGGGAGAUCUAUGUAAGCAUAUGGAGCUGUGAUCAUUCAAAUUCUGUGGCGGCUUGUAAUGACACCGCUGGUUGUCGAUGCGUUGGGAAGAUCUGUAUGGUUGAUGUGAUUGUUUAUCUUUGUAAAGAGGAGAAUCUGUUGCAUCCUUUGGAUGCGCUUCAAUCGAACGUUUUGGAUCUGGUUCCGAAGGUGAAAGGCCAAAUUAGACAUCUGGAACCGAAUUCGAGUCUGUUGGAGGCCAUAGAUUGCAUACUUGAUGGGGCUCAAAACUUAGUUAUACCAAUAUACAGCAAUGCAAGACGUAAUCUAAGGAAACCCCAACUCACCCAGCCUAAUUCUCUUCUUUGUCCUACUCUUCAUUAUGGCCAAGAAUUCUGUUGGCUGACCCAAGAAGACGUGGUUCGGUUCCUCCUCAACUCCAUCGGCGUCUUCUCCCCGAUACCCACAUUCACCAUCGAAGCACUCGACAUAAUCGAUCCAGCCACGCUCACCAUCCAUUUCGACGAUCCCGCCUCUUCCGCAUUGCCGUUAAUUUCCCGCUCACUUAUGGACCAAACGUCCAUUGCAGUCGUCAUGAAAGAUAACCGUUUGAUCGGUGAAAUUUCCCCUUUUACCCUUGCCUGUUGUGACGAAACCGUAGCGGCCGCCAUAACAACCCUCUCGGCAGGCGAUCUCAUGGCGUAUAUCGACUAUGGUGGCCCGUCAGAUGAUCUGGUACAUCUGGUUAAAAUGAGGUUGCAAGAACGGAACAUGACUCCGAUGUUGGAUCUUAUGGACGACUACUACAACCCCUUGUCUUCCUCCUCUUCGUGUUGCUCGUCUGACGAAGAAUUCGGUUCGGCAAAAACCGGUUGUGUGGGUCGGCUUUACCCCGGAAGGAGGUCCGAGGCGAUCGUUUGCCAUCCGUGGAACACGUUGAUGGCUGUUAUGGUUCAAAUGAUUGCACUUCGUGUUAGUUACGCUUGGGUUGUGGAACACGACUAUACGCUUGUCGGAAUCGUGACGUUUGCGGAGAUUUUGGCACAAUUUCGGAGUAUCGCAGGCACACGAUAGUAUUAAUACUAUGUAUUUUUGAGUAGUUGGUAAGAUUAUAGAUUGUUAUGGUACUUUAAAUUUAGUUUCAUUGUGUGAAACAUUGAACACUGGCUUGUUGUAAUAUCAACUCAU